AUGGGCCAGCUCCCGGCUGAUCGUGUGGUACCAGUUCAACCAUUUCACACUACUGAGGUAGAUUAUGCUAGUUCCUCCACGCUCAAGAUGUUCCAGGGAAGAGGCGCAGAAACAUAUAAAGGCUGGAUAGCUGUUUUUGUCUGCUUCGUGACCUCAGCUGUUCACUUGGAGCUGGUGUCGGACUACUCUACAGAAGCCUUCAUAAAAGCCUACCGACGCUUUGUCAGUCGUCGAGGAACAAGCUCAGUGCUCUACAGCGACUGUAAAGCCAACUUCAAGGUAGCUGAUUUCCUCCUCAAAGAUCUCUUUCGUCAAAGCUCAUCAGAAAACGCUCAGCUCGUUAGCUCAUUAGCUCAGUGGAGAAAGGCAGCUUACGACAUUGCAGUCGGCUUUCUAGUUCUGCUUAUUGAAGAUAACUUUCCUCCAGCUCAAUGGCCUUUGGCUCAAGUCGUCGAUGUUCAUCCUGGACAAGAUGGACUCGUUCGAGUGGUCUCUAUCAAGACUUCAAAGACCAUCUUCACCAGACCAAUCACCGAGCUCAUUGUUCUACCAGUAGACGAGUACCGCAAGGACGUUGAAGUAGACGGAGAGUAUGUUGCGAGAGAUUAA